CGCGGCUUCCGGUGCUAGGUGGAGGGAAGGAAGGAGGGAGUCUGAGAGCGGGCCGGGGGAGCAGCCACGGUGAAGUCGGCUUGGAGAGCCAGAGAGAGCGGAGUGAGAGGCAAGUGGAACUUGCGGGGGAGGAGGCAGUGGUAGCAGCGGCGGAGCUGGGAGCAGGAACAGGAUCAAGUCCUCCAUACCAGGGACCAGGCUAACACCAGACCACACUGCCUCUACUUGGGCCCUCGUACCGCAGCUGCUGUGAUCAUGGGCAAUAUCUUCGGAAACCUUCUUAAGAGCUUGAUUGGGAAGAAGGAGAUGCGCAUCCUGAUGGUGGGCCUAGAUGCUGCUGGAAAGACCACCAUCCUAUACAAGCUGAAACUAGGGGAGAUUGUCACCACCAUCCCCACCAUCGGAUUUAAUGUGGAAACAGUAGAGUAUAAAAAUAUUAGCUUCACAGUGUGGGAUGUAGGUGGCCAGGACAAGAUUCGGCCCCUCUGGAGGCACUACUUCCAGAACACCCAAGGCUUGAUAUUUGUGGUCGACAGCAAUGAUCGGGAACGAGUAAAUGAGGCCCGGGAAGAGCUGAUGAGGAUGCUGGCAGAGGAUGAGCUCAGGGAUGCUGUGCUGCUUGUCUUUGCAAACAAACAGGAUCUGCCGAACGCUAUGAAUGCUGCUGAGAUUACGGACAAGCUGGGUCUACAUUCCCUGCGUCAUCGCAACUGGUACAUUCAGGCCACCUGUGCCACCAGCGGGGAUGGGCUGUAUGAAGGCCUGGACUGGCUGGCCAAUCAGCUCAAAAACAAGAAGUGAGAUCCAGACAGCCCUUUCUGACCACCCCACCCACCCCUGACAUAACCUGUUGUCUCCCUGCCCCAGCCCUACCCCUUCAUUGCAAGUGUGGCCAAGGCCCUGGGUAUCAUGUCCGCAUGCCCAGCCAGAGCCUUGCCUCCCCUGCCUCACCUUCUCUCCCCUUUCCAUCGACAUGACCAGUUUCUGAUUGCUGUCCUGAUGAUGAAUCAUUCCAAUUUACUGGAUUUAAAACUAAAACGAGGUUGUGAUGGUUUCAUGGGGUGGCCCCCCUCUUUCUCUCACCCUCUGGAUUUUGGGAGGUGAGGUGGGAUAUUCUCCGUUUGCUUCAUUUGGCACUGGUUGCUGUGCUUUUGGCAUCUGAGUCUGACACAGGCCCCUCUCCUAUUUCCUGUCUUCCUUUUUUUUGAUAACCUCUCCUGUUGUACAUGGAAACUGCACAGGCCUCUGUGUGUGCGUGCAUGUGUGCGCCUGUAUAUACGUGUAUAGAGAGAUAUAUACAUGGGGGCUGGGAGGGGGUGGAGAGAAGCUCAGGGCUUGCAGCCAGGACACUGCCCACUGGAGCCUGUUAUCUGCUCCAUCCAUGCUGGUGAGGUAAAGGGAAGCAGGUAAGGGGUUGGGGACAGGCAGGACUGCCCUCUGCUCCUAUCUGCAGGUAGGUGUUCCUGGAUGGCAGGAAAGAUGAUGGAGUCUACCACCAUCUUCCUUGUACCCCUUUCUCUAGCUUUCUUAGGGCAGGAGGUGGCAUUUCUUUCUAGAUGACUGCUCCCAAGGAGAUGCCGUUCUGCUUUGCCUUGUUAGUGGGAAGGAAAGAGGAACCCACUCACUCUUACCAGCCCAGAGUGUUCAACAGAUCCUCCCCCACUAUUCUUAGAUCUGUUCCUCUGGAGCUUGAGGGAGAGGUAGGGAUAGCAAGACCCAUGUGUAUUUGGGAACCAGGACCCAGAGUGGGUUUUGGUGCCAUGGGGAGGCCUUUGGUUUUCCUCUUCAUUCUCUUUUGUUAUUAGGAGAAGGUAAGGCCUGGGUGGGUUUUAUUCCUCCCUUCCCAUGCCCUCCCCUUGAUUUUUGGGGCUGGGUGGUUUCGUUUGUCCUUUGUCAGUUUUCUCACUCUGGAAGCCCUGCUGGCCAAAUCAGGGCUGAGUGAUACUAUGAGUUGGGGGUAAGAUAGCAGACCUCAGUAUCAACCUUCCUAUUCUCCAAUUUUUAAUCUUUCCUUAGUUUAGGAUGUGCUAAAGGAUGAAGGUCUUCUGUUGUUUUGAGGUCCUCAAACCACCCUGACUGGCCUCCUCUCCAUUCCAACAGCUUUCCUGGCUGCCUCACCCACUUCCCAUAUAUGGAAGUUGGGGUGAAAGAAGGUGAAUCCUGAGUAGUGGUUGGUGCUGGUGAGAUGCCAUGGACUUCAGGGCCUUCCUUCCAUUAUUAUAUAGUUGUUCAGAAGCUGCUGCUACUGUGUCCCUGUCUACAAGGGGCACUUGUCCCUGAAAUCCUGGCUUAGGUCCUGAUUGCUGUGAUUUCUGUGAAGCUGUGGCUGUUCUUGGACUCCUGUGUGUGCUGGCUGCGCCCUGAGCUCCAAGAUAGCUGCCCAUACCUUUUGGCUAAGAUCAGGGCCCAGGGACCCCACAGCAUGACUGAGGGACCCCUUCCCAGAAGGCUGUCCAAUGCCCCACUCUGUGGGGCCUGUCUCUUUACAGCAGGCAGAUCAAUACUCCUGAUCCACCCAGUUGAACUGUGAGAGGUUCCAGGGGUGUCUCCCUCAGUGCCAGUUACUUGAUGAUGUGAUAUGUAAGACACGGUGGGUGUGGUGUACGUGUGUGCCUGUGUGCUUCUGUGUGUGUGUGUGCUGAAAGUUGUUUCAUUUUAAAAUGGGUUCUGUCUUCUGACCCCACAGAAAUUUUCCUACAUACUUUUUGUUUGCACUUUCUGAUUUUGUUCUGCCCUCUCCCAUUGCCUUUCUCUCUCUGAAGUCUUUCCUUUGCUUUCUCAAUUUAUUCAAGGCUAUUUGUCCGUAUAUCGUCCCUCCCUGCACCUUAUUUAUGAUUACCCCCUCUAUUUUUAUGGUUGGUGAGGACUGUCUCUCUUCUCCUGCCUCGUUCCUUCUCUGACUUUCCAUAGUUAGAUGCCAGUUAGAUGGGUUUUCCUCACUUCAGACCUCACCACUAUCUAGUUUGUUGGCCUCCAGAGCCAAAUCUGGGGCUAAGGGUAUUAAGCUGUGUUGGAGGUUGCCCUCCUGCUGCUCCAGGGUUUUCCAGCAGGGGGCAGCAAACGAUCUUGGUUGCAUCCUUCACUGUAGACCCUUGGGCAGGGUUAGUCUUUUUUACCUUCCCAUUUACCUAACAGCUCUUUGGGAAUUUGAAUAUUCUGUUCCAUUUCUGCCCGUGGCCUGUCCUGCUCACCUUAGGCGGGUUUAAUUUUUAUGCUUUCCCUGUUCCAGCCUUCUUCCUGGGAACUCUCCCUACCCCCAACUCCAAAGUUUGUUUGUGGUGUUUAUAGUGGUAACUGCAGUUCUGAACUGGUUUUUCUCUUUUUUCCUCCUCUGGAAUGUAGACUGUACAUGUUUAAUAACUCACCUUCUCUAUCCUUGCUCAAAAUGUGGGAUAACGCAAUGACUGUGACCCUGGUUGGAAAUUAAACUUGUUUUAUGCA